AUGGACUCCAGGACCGCUGAGAUCGCGGCAAACGCUCCCCGGUAUCGCCGGAGGAGUUCAACCUUUAUCGACAGUAUCCACGAUGUGUCGGAGGAUAAUGAUAUGGCGCCGGCCCAGCUUUACAGCACCAUGUCUGGGCGGCUGUUUCACUCUGGCCGUAUUGCCAUUGUCAUGGUUGGGCCGCCUGCUCGAGGCAAGACACACAUUUGCGUAUCCAUGGCACGCUAUCUUCAAUGGCUUGGCGUCAAGACUCGUAUUUUCCACUUGGGCGACUACCGCCGAGCGACCAUUGGUCCUGAUGGCUCGCUUCCCGAUGAUUACUUCUUCCCCGAUGCUUCCCCUUCAUCCGUCAUACUCCGCCAAAAGAUUCUAAAGAAAUGCCGUGAAGAUAUCUAUGCAUGGUUGAAUCAUGAAAACGGCCAGGUUGCUAUAUACGACGCGGUCAACCCAACGGCGAGUGGGAGGCGCUCUCUGGCCAAGGAGUUUGCAAAGCACGACGUCCAGACUCUGUAUAUUGAAUCCUUUGUGAAUGACGACCAGAUUUUGCAUGACAACGCCAUCAACGUCAAGAUUUCCUCGCCUGAUUUUGCUGGGAUGGAUCCCGAUGAAGCAGCAAAAAUGUACUUGAAAAGAAUAGAGAUGAGAAUCCCAGUAUUCGAGACGAUGAACGAGACAGAGCUCAACUAUAUCAAGAUGAUCAAUGCUGGAGAAAAGUUCUUCUACAACAACCUUAGCUUCAACUACCUGUCUCACAGAAUCGUCUUCUACCUGACCAACCUCCAUAUCAAAUCACGAACCACCUUCUUUGUCCGUGCGGGCACGACAACGGAGGAAGACUCGUACAAGGCAGACGCAGACCUCUCAGAACAGGGCAGGUUUUACGCUCAACGGAUGUCCGAGACGCUUGUUAAACAUCGCGAACAAGAAAGGCUGGAGCAAAUCGCCAAGGGCAAGCCCGAGACGCCCCUCCGACCACUUUCAAUCUGGACGUCUACUCGACUUCGCACCAUUCAAACUGCCGACUACCUCAAAGAAAAGGGAUACAAGGUUCGGCAACGUUCCCAGAUGAGCCAGAUCAACCCCGGCGUCUGCGAGAAGAUGUCAGAGCGCGUGAUUAGGCAGAUAUACCCCGAAGAGUCUUACCAUGACCUUGCCGUUCGACUUGAGCCCAUCAUCUUAGAAUUGGAACGAGAGCAGAGCGACUUGUUAAUUAUCGCACACGAGUCUGUUCUUCGCGUGCUGUUUGCCUAUCUCAUGCACUGCUCCACCAUGGAUAUCCCCAAUCUCAAGUUCCCCCGCGACGAGAUUAUUGAGAUUAUUCCUGCCGCCUAUCAGAAUGAAGCCAAGCGUAUUCACAUUCCUGGUUUGGAUCCUAAGCUGCUCCCAGGCUCUCCCGAUGAUAUUAGGAUACCCGGUAGCCGGCCCUUGAGCAGGCCAGAGAGCGGCCAGAUGAGCCCAAUUCCCGGCGGGUUGGGCAGCCCAGCUGAGCCGCUAGAGAGGCCGACGGAAAAGGUGGUCAAUACGGCGAAAGACAUGGUGGCGGACAAGAUUCACGAUGAGAUUUAA